AUGACCGACUUCAUUGAGCUGUCCAGUCCCUAUGGCUCCAGUCCCUACGGAUCAGGGAACAAAUCUCAUGGUCGAACUUCAAUUCGGACACUCGGUUCACUUCAUCGCAAGUCGGGCUCCGGCCAGUACAAUCCGAUUUUGACUCCACAGGAAGAGCAGAGCAGCGAUGUCUUCACAAGGCGUGUGGAUAAAUUGCCAUCGACGACGACCCUUCCUCCAAGCAGAAUAGGGAAAUUUGGGACGGACCUGCUCGUCGAAAUAAUUGUCUGUACCUUCGCUGUUCUGGUCUCAGUGCCUUUCAUGUGGCUGGCCAUCACUAUGGCACACUUUGAUGGACAAAGAGUGACAGAGGCAAAGACAAAUUACAUCAAGCAAGCAACAAGCACGGCUUCCACCCUCUUCACUAUUCUUUUCGCAGCCGUCUUGGGCACGGCGCUCAAGCGGUUCGCAACAUGGCGACUUGAGAAAGGCAUCAAACUCGGUCUGCUCGAACAGAUCAUGCAGAGCCGGACCUUCUUCGCAGCUGUCACGACCCAAGUGGCCUUCCCGGCCAUCAACUUCACUGCCUUGAUCUUACUAGCAAGCUGGGUUUUUUUCACCGCUAGGAUCACAAGCAGCCCUACGUCUGGUCAGUACCGGUCGGGAUUACACAACAAAUUCCGUUACAUCAGCUCGAUCCUUGGUCCGACCACUACGAAGAAUGGCACAAUGGACCUCUUUGGUGGUGUGAAGAUACCAUGGCUGCAAAACAAUCUUGACAAGGACGCCGAUGGUUGGACGACACUAUCCCGGGCGGAUAUGACAGAAGGCUCAUUCUCAGCCCUUGUCGGUGUGCCGAUUGCAUCUCUGGCAAAUCAGAACUCGAGCUUCGUCAUCGAAACGACGUACAUGAAUCUCGAUUGCGACAAGCCUCAAGAUCAGAAGGAGAUCAAUAUCAACUUCAACGUGACAUCUGGGAAUGGCACAUUCCUGGGGCCCAACACGACGGUCAGCUCGGUGGAUGGCGUUGGUGGCAUAUACCCAGUUUGGCAGGUGGCCAUGAACCAAUUUGUGUCUGAUGAUUAUUACUUCUAUGGAUAUCCGGAGCAGCUGGUCAAUGUCACUGAUGCCAACCUACCACAGGCUACUUUCCUCUUCCAAACUCGUGGACCAUGGGUGGCAAAGUGCCAAAUCAACCAAGUCUACCUUGAAUCGAACAUUUCAUGUCAGUCGGUGCCUGAUUCAGAACUUCCUGUCUGCGCCGUCGCGGCCCAGCGGAAUUCACCAAACAAGCAUGCGCCGUCAACGGUAACGACACUCAGCUUCCCCAGCACUUUCUCGUACCUUGCGCAGACUUGGAUUCUUGCGACCGACCCUCUGCUCAGUUCAGGCUACUCCUCUCUGGCCGAGUACUACCUACAAAACACAUCCGCUGCUUUCAUUCUAAGCGGCAAUGAACGCGAGUAUGCCGAUUAUUCGGAUGUCACCGCCCUCCAAUUUUCCCAACGACUCGGCCAACUCCUUAACACUUGGGUACUUUCGAGCCAAGUCUCCGCCGACACCAUGCAGUAUGGCUUGAAUCACAAGAACACCACCGCUUUCUACAAGGAAGGAUUCGAUAUUUACGUUGUGUCGUGGGCAUGGUUGGGCGUCUAUUGCGCAUCGAUUGGGGUGAUGCAGAUUGCAGCGUUCUGCACCAUUUGGUGUGCAUACCACACGACUAUUCCCGACGUGCUUUCAUUCUGCUCGUCUCUGACCAGAGAUUCGACUUACUUUGAUUUCGCAAAAGGUGGCAGUGCACUGGAUGGGAUAGUCAGGGCGAGGAUGCUGCGGGAUGUCGAAGUCAAACUCGGUGAGGUAGUCGGUCAGCAAACCAAUGAUGGAUUCCGCAAUGACUUUGUCAACGACAUCGGCAACCGGCCUGGCGAGCGGAUGGCGGCUUUGGCUGUAGCACCGCCAGAGUAUUUGCGUAAUCCGAGACGCGGAAUGUUGUAUGCCUGA